AUGGCUACAGCGUACUACGAGUUCUACCGUGGCUCCUCGCUCGGAAUGGCGCUCACCGACUCACUCGAUGAGCUCAUCACGAGCGGGGCCAUUACCCCUCAGCUAGCUAUGAAGGUUCUCCAGCAGUUCUCACUCCUUCUCGCCUUACAGUUUGACAAAUCUCUUGCGGACACAAUGGUCAAGUCAGUCAAAGCCAAGACAACGCUCAAGGUCCAUAUAUUCCCUUCCGAGACUCCCUCCAAUCUCUUCUUCUUUCUCGCCUCUCACUUUGCUGACUUAUUCAUUUCAGGGUCACUUGAAAACAUGGAAUCGAACGAAGUCGUUCAAACUCCGCGUAUCAAGAUUAUUGCGUGCAAGAACGGAGAGGCAAUCGAAGCGGGCAAAAAGUAA